AUGUAUCUUUUCAGCGCCAAUUUACUCUUUUUCAAUCUCUGCCUCCUUCUCUUUCCUUCUUUUAUCUUUGUAUCUUUCUCAUGCCUUCGCUUUUUUGUUUUUGUUUUUCUAUCUAUCUAUCUAUCUAUCUAUCUAUCUAUCUAUCUAUCUAUCUAUCUAUCUAUCUAUCUAAUAGAUCUCAAUAUGUUCAUAUCUGUAUAUAUCAGUCAUAUCUAUAUUUUUACUCUAUCUUUCUUCCUGGACAUGUUUCUGUUUUCUUUUUCCUCUUUUUUUCUUCUGUCGUUGUUUCUGUCUUUCUUUCUAAUCAUGAUUUCUUUCUGUCGUCAUUUCUGUCUAGAUAAGGUUUUCGUUUUACGGUCUGUAUUCAUUCUCUUUCUUUCUUUCUUUCUUUCUUUCUUUCUUUCUUUCUUUCUUUCUUUACAUAUUUUCUUUCUUUUUGUCUUUCUUUUUUUAAACACGUUUUCUUUUUCUAUACGCAUUUCCUUUCUUUCUUUCUUUCUUUUUGUCUUUCUUUGUAAACACACAUACUUUCUUUCUUUUUUGGCUUUUUUCUGUCUUUCUCAACACGUUUCCCUUCUUUCGUUAUUUCUGUUUUUAGGUCUAAAUUCCUUUUCUUUCUCUUCUAGCCAUAUUUUCUUUCCUCCUGACUGUCCUUUCUUUUUUUCUAAACACUUUUUCUUUUCCUUCGUUCUCGAGAUAAGUUUUCCGUUUUUCGGCCUAUACACAUUUUUUUUCUUUCUAGCUGUAUUUUCUGUCUUUCAUUCUGUCUUUCCUUCUAAACGCGUUUUUUUUUGCUUUCGUUAUUUUUGUCCAGAGAAGUUUUCCAUUUUUCGAUUUAUACUCAUUUCCUUUCUUAUAAUUUUUCCCUUUUUCGGUCUCUACUCAUUUUCGUUCUUUCUUUCUUUCUUUCUUUCUUUCUUUCUUUCUAAACACGUUUUCCCUCGUUAUUUCUGUCUAAAUAAUUUUUCCGUUUUUCAGUCUUUACUCAUUUUCGUCCUUUCUUUCUACCUAUCUUUUUUUCUUUCUAAACACGUCAAAAUUUCUGUCAAAAUAAGUUUUCCGUUUUUUGGUCUAUACUCAUUUUUUUUCCUUUCUUUCUUGUUCUGUUUUCUUUCUAAAAACGUUUUCUUUUUCUUUCGUUAUUUCUGUCUUGAAUGUUUUCUGUUUUUCGGUCUCUACUCAUUUUUUUUUCUGUUUUCUAGAUACAUUUCAUUCCUUCCUUCCCUUUCCUUCCUUUCCUUCCUUCCUUCCUUCCUUCUUUCCUUCCUUUCCUUCCUUCCUUCCUUCCUUUUCCUUCCUUCCUUCCUUCCCUUUUCUUCCUUCCUUCCUUCCUUCCUUCCUUUCAAUACACAUAUUCUUUCUUUCGUUAUUUCUUUCUAUAUAACUAUAUAUUUUUUUUCUUUCUGUCUUUCUUUCAUUCUAUACACGUUUUCUUUCUUUUGUUAUUUCUGUCUCGAUAACAUUUUCGUUGUUCUGUCUAUAUUCAUUUUCUUUGUUUCUUUCUUUCAGGCCAUAUUUUCUUUUUUUCUUUAUGUCUUUCCUUCUAAACACGUUUCCUUUUCUUUCGUUAUUUGUGUCCAGAUAAGCUUUCCAUUUUUCGAUCGAUAUUCAUUUUCUUUCUUUUUUUCUUCUUUCUAUCCAUAUUUUCUUUGUUUCUUUUCUAUAGACAUUUUCUUUAUUUCCUUAUUUCUGUCUAGACAAAUAUAUUUUCUUUCUUUCUUUCUUUAUUUCUUUCUAGAUAAAAUUUUCGUUUUUCGGCUUAUUCUCAUUUUCUUUUUUCCUUUCUUUCUUGUCAUAUUUUUUCUUUCAAUCUGUUUUCCUUUCUUUCUAAACACGUUUUCUUUCUUUCUCUAUACACAUUCUCUUUUUUCUUUCUUUCUUGACAUAUUUUCUUUCUUUCUUUCUUUUUUCUUUCUUUCUGUUUUUCUUUCUUUCUAA